UCCCGAGUGCUGGGACUAAAGGCAUGCGCCACCACGGCCCGGCUAAGAAAACUUUUUUUAAAGACUUAAUCUCAAGUAGCCCAGCAUGGUCUUGAGCUUGACAUAUAACCAAGAAUGACCUUGAACUCCUGAUCUUCCUGUCUUCACCUCCCAAGGGCUGAGACUACCACAUUAUAUCCAUACUAUGUAAUAUUCACAAAUAUAAAUAUAUAUAUGGAGAAUAUCAGGUCAGGAAGGUAGCAAGCACAUUCCUGGAGACUUGGUUUUGUUUAACCAAACCAAGCAGAAUUCAAAAUUAAGGAUGUACAUGAACUUAUAUAGGCCAAUCAAUUCUUGGCUUCUAGUUUAAAAUUUUAAAAAAUUAAAAAUAGCCUAAGAAAUGCAAUAUCUACUAGCCAACCUCAGUGAAUAAACAGGAUAAACACAGUUACCAAAGAUAAUUAAACCAUGCUUACAUUAUUAGCCAGUAGGAUUUAGGGUUUUCAUUUUCAUCGUAUGAUCUUGUGGGGUAAGGACAGGGAGAUAUACAAAUGACUGUUGGACUGGUUUGUUCGUGGCUGAACAUGAGAAUGACCUGGGGGGCUUAGGAAAUACUUAAAAGUAUCUGGCAUGGCUUCAUUGCUCUGUGACAGAGAAUGGAUUUUAUUUUUUCAGGUUCCCUCAAGUGCUUCCAGAGUGCCCGUGAGAAUUAGAAGAUCAUGAAUGAGAAAGUUGGUUAUUGAACUGGAAAUAGCCUAAGUUGGCCUGCUUUCCUAGAGCAGCGAGUGGGGAUUAUAGAAUAAUAAAGGGUCUUUGACUCCCUAGUGCGAAGCCAUAAUUUUAUUCCAGAGGUAGGUCUAUAGCCAUGCACAUGCCAACAGGGAGGAAAGCUUGAGUCUAUGAGGCUGGCCGUGUUUCCUAAUCCCACUGGCCACCUUGGCAGUCCCAUAGCCUUUUUUUUUUCAGGGGUGGGGGUUGUUUAUUUGGUUGGUUCAUUUUGUUGUUUUUGAGGGUGGCUUAAGGGCAGCCCAGGCUGGCCUCGAACUCUUGAUCUUCCUGCCUCAGCUUCCAGAAUGCUGAGAUGGUAGAUGUUCAAAAUCACAUGUGGAAAGCCUGCUUGUUAAAUUAGGGAUGAGGCCUAAUUUAGUAGAUAGAAACCUGUUAUCCUCUUUACAUAAGCCAAGAGAAAGCCUAGCUAUUUCCUUUAUCAAAUAAAACCCCACUUGCCUCUGCCUCCAGAGUGCUGGGAUUAAAGAUGCACACUGCCAUGUUGGCAAAGGGGUGAAGUAACUACCUGUUCUGAGUGCCUACUAUGUGCCAGACAUUAGUUUAUAAUUUUUCAACAUUAAAAUAGACUAGCAUACCCCCCAUGUAUAUAUAACAUUGGAGGCUUGGAGAGCUUUAGGAAAUGGUAGAUAAAUGUUCUGGAAAUUCUGAGUUCCCUCUUUUGUCCUCUGUCCAGAGCAAUAGCUAUAGAAUUCUUGGAGACAAGAUGGAAAUAGUCAAUAUCCAUCUGACAAGUUAAGGGCCAGGCCUAAGUCUAUCUCUUGCAGAAAGUGUACAUUAACUAUGAUACUUUGACCAGUUGCCCAUUUUGCUCCUCAUAGUUAACCAGUGGUUGCUGGAGACUGCUCUAACGAAGACUAGACACCCCCAGUGCGGGCUGUCCUGCAGCCUGGGAUAGCUCAGCUUCCUCCGUUCCUUGGUCAUCACAGCACCUCUCACAGGGUCCAUGACCAGUGCAGCUCCAGCAGCUCCCCCAUCGUGCACGUCCUUGCUUUUCUCCCAGAAGAAAAGCGGGCAUGGAUUAUAGCAUUUUGUGCCCCACAGUUGGUAGGCCUGGUAGUUAUAAAAUAAUGCAGCUAUGUUGAAAAUGCACAUUAGAACCUGUCUGAGCAUUUUGUUCAUAUAAAAAUGUGAACUGGACCGCUAGCCCAAGCAGAAACUGCCACAAGGUAAACGUGUGAGUGGCUGUGGGAAAGUCCACCUGCAAAGAGGUAACUGAAUUAGAUGGUGGUGUCACUUGAUAAAAAGGGACAUUGCUAUGACUCACUACACACUUAAGAUGGGAAAUCGUAUUAGUUUUAUUCUGAGGAGAUAGCUUAAACACUUGGGACUAACCUAGUCCUCCGUUUCCCAUCUCUAGGAAAGAGGAAAUAGAGUUGACCUCCCAUAGGUCAGAAUAUGUCCUCGAAGAUGUGGAUUGCUGGUAGAAGCAUAUUUGUCUGGAGCUUUCCAGGCUGGACUUGCCUGGUUCCUCUCAUAAUAGUGGACAUGAUAUUUACAAUGGGAUAUUGCACUAGCAUGCAUGCACAGCCUGUAUCCAGGAAACGGGGAGAGAAAUCACUGGCUUCUGGAAGCGAAACCUUCACUAGCCCCAAAGCUCUUGAGAAUAAGCCUGUGAAAUACUCAUUUCUGUAUUCUGGAAGCAUACCUAACAAAGCACCUGAUAACUGUCCUUCUGAAGAUAGCCCCUCUGGCACCCUCCCCCUCCCCACAGCCUCAUACUGUUCUCAAUUUUAAGUGUAGUAAAACUCAUGGCUUCCAUCAGGUCUGAAUUUCCAUAAGAUGAUAAGCGUUAGAGAGCUCUGCCCCCGGCAAGAUACAGCCUGGUCAUUUAGGAAGACAAAGUGGACAGUAUGCAGUAGAUAACUACAGGGACUUAUCAUUGGGAGGUGAUUACUUUUUUCUUUUUAAGAUGGCCUGGAACUAACUCUGGAGACCAGGCUGGCUGUAAACUCAGAGAUCUACCUGCCUCUAGAUAGUGCUGGAUUAAAAGUGUGCACCACCACGCCUGGCAAAAGGGUUAGGGUAACUACCUUUGCUGAAAGCCUACUAUGUGCUAGGCAUUAGUUCCUAAGUUUUCAGCAUUAGAAUAAGACCAAUGUACCAUCCCCAUCAUCGCUUAUAUCGAACACAGGAAGCUUGGGGACAGUAAAUAUUCAAAAAUCACAGCCAAUAGUGAUUUUGCAGUUUAAACCCACGAGUAUGUAACCACAAAAGCCACCUUCUGCCUAAGCAGAAUCUUGACACAUAGUAGGUGUUCAGUAAAUAUUUCCAUAAAAUUUUCACAAGGGUGAGGCACCAUUUUUCUCCUGGGAUGGCCAAUGCAUUCGUAAUAAGUAAUAGAAUAAGUCAUAGAAAUCAAGCCCAUAGUCCAGGCCCGAGCAUGGCUUGUGACAUGAAGACCGACCAGCCCAGACCUAGAGGCCGGGUUCGCCGCCACAUCUCCUUUUUGGGGGGCGGCGGUGGCCCCCCAGCCUGGAGUGGCCCCGGCCAGCCCUGCAGGCGGGCAGGAGCUCCAAGGCCAUUGGCUGGCGCGCGGGCUGCGAGGGGCGGGGAGCGCCACCAAAGGGGACUGUUUGCUCCUACGGGCUGUAGAUGGAGCUGUCCGGCCCCGGCAAGGGGGAAGGCGCCUGGAAAACGUUCUUCUUCUCCCUGGCCGGCCCGAGCGGGGAACAGCACUCCCAGGAUGCAGUUUGUGUCAACACGGCCGCAGCCUCAGCAGCUGGGCAUCCAGGGCCUGGGGCUGGACAGCGGGAGCUGGAGCUGGGCCCAGGCUCUGCCCCCGGAGGAGGUCUGCCACCAGGAGCCGGCGCUGCGUGCGGAAAUGGCCGAGGGAAUGCCGCCCAUGCAGGCUCAAGAAUGGGACAUGGACGCCAGGCGACCCAUGCCUUUUCAGUUCCCGCCCUUCCCAGAUAGGGCCCCUGUCUUUCCUGACCGCAUGAUGCGCGAACCCCAGCUGCCCACAGCAGAGAUCUCACUCUGGACCGUGGUGGCUGCCAUUCAGGCUGUAGAGAGGAAGGUGGACGCCCAGGCUAGCCAGCUGCUCAACCUGGAGGGACGCACAGGAACAGCAGAGAAGAAGCUUGCGGAUUGUGAGAAGACAGCCGUGGAGUUUGGGAACCACAUGGAGAGCAAGUGGGCCGUGCUGGGGACCCUGCUGCAGGAGUACGGGCUGCUGCAGCGGCGCCUGGAGAACCUGGAGAACCUGCUGCGCAACCGGAACUUCUGGGUCCUACGGCUGCCCCCGGGCAGCAAGGGGGAGGCCCCCAAGGUCCCAGUGACCUUCGUGGACAUUGCUGUCUACUUCUCUGAGGAUGAGUGGAAGAACCUGGACGAGUGGCAGAAGGAGCUCUACAGCAAUCUGGUGAAGGAGAACUACAAAACCCUCAUGUCCCUGGACACGGAUGGCCCGGUGUCCAAGCCUGAUGCUCCAGUCCAGGCAGAACCCAGGGAAGAGCCUUGUGUGUGGGAGCAGCAGCAUCCCGAGGAGAGAGAAAUCCCAGUGGCUGCAGACACAGGAACAGAGCCCCUGGUGCCUGCACAGGACAUGUCCUCCCAGGUGAAGCGAGAGGAAGCCUUGUGUGUCCGGGGCCAGAGGGGCCUGGAAGAAAGAGCCAUCCCCACAGAAUCCAUCACUGACUCCCCAAUCUCCGCCCAGGACCUCUUGUCCCGGAUUAAGCAAGAGGAACAGCAGUGUGUGUGGGACCAGCAGGACUUGGCAGAGAGAGAUAUUCCCACAGAUCCCAACUCAGAAUCUCUCAUCUCAGCACAUGACAUUUUGUCCUGGAUCAAGCAGGAAGAGCAGCCGUAUCCAUGGGGCCCACGUGACUCAAUGGAAGGAGAGCUUGGACUAGACUCUGGCCCAAGUGACAGCCUGUUGCUAGUGAAGAACCCAACCCCAACUUCUGCGCAGCCCCAACCCCAGCCUCACCAGCAGAGCCUGCCCGCCUUGGCGGUGCCGGAGAACCCUGGAGGCCCCGGGAGCCGCACCCUGCUGGAGGACGGCUUCCCCGCGCUUCCCGGGGAGCGCAGUGCUGGAGGCGAGACUCAGCCCAGCGGGGAAGGCAGCGCGGGAGGUGGUGGCGGCGGUGGCGGCAGCGGAGGCGGCGGCGGCGGCAGCACUGGUGGCACCAGUGCGGGUAGUGGCAGCAGUACGGGUGCAAGUGCGGGCAAUGGCUGCGGCAGCUGCUGCCCGGGCGGCCUGCGGCGGAGCCUCCUGGCUCACGGCGCGCGCAGCAAGCCCUACUCUUGCCUGGAGUGCGGCAAGACCUUCGGCGUGCGCAAGAGCCUCAUCAUCCACCACCGCAGCCACACCAAGGAACGGCCCUACGAGUGCGCCGAGUGCGAGAAGAGCUUCAACUGCCACUCCGGCCUCAUCCGCCACCAGAUGACACACCGUGGCGAGCGGCCCUACAAAUGCUCCGAGUGCGAGAAGACCUACAGCCGCAAGGAGCACCUGCAGAACCACCAGCGGCUGCACACGGGUGAGCGGCCCUUCCAGUGCGCGCUCUGCGGCAAGAGCUUCAUCCGCAAGCAGAACCUGCUAAAGCACCAGCGCAUCCACACGGGCGAGCGGCCCUACACGUGUGGCGAGUGUGGCAAGAGCUUCCGCUACAAGGAGUCACUCAAGGACCACCUGCGUGUGCACAACGGCCCUGGCCUGGGGGCCCCGCGGCCGCUCCAGGUGCCGCCAGAGCGAGACUAGGGUUGGGCUGGGGGGCGAGGAGGACCGGACUGAAGUUGGGGCGGGGCGGGCCAGGGUUCCUGAGGACCAACCCUCCUGCCCCACCGUUCUCAGCGCACCUCCCCGCCCUCUUCCCCACCUCCUGCUGGAAAUCGGCACAGGAAUUGCACUCCAGACAGGGUAUUCCAAAGGGUGGACCGGGGUACCCCAGUACUGUCCAACCCUCGUGGACAGUCCAGCUCAUCUCAUAGGGUGGACCCAGUGGCCAGGGAAGGUUCCAGAGGGACAGCAAAGCGGUAGGAAUCGUUUGGACAUGCCUCGAACUUCCUAGUGUGUCCACUGGCCGCCGGGGCCACAGAUUCUGAUCAGGGAAAGUGACCAGGGAGUCUCAAAACCCUUCUGAAAUAAGGAAAUACGAUCCAUCCUAAGGUGAGGAGACGCCCUGAAAAAGAAAGAAAGAUGCAAUGGGAAACUGAGGGGUGCGCUAAGGGUGACAUUCUCAUGACAACACUGCCUCGCGCUCUAACAGCGCUUUGUACUUUUUUAAAAAGUGUUUUCUAUCCGUUAUCUAUUUACACCCUUAGCUUAUCCCUUCGAGAUAGGUGGGGUAGGAUUUUCCCGAUGUGGUAAAUGAGGAAAGUGAGACACAGUGAGAUAGUUGUUGAGCAAGACCACAUGAGAACAGUGUGGCCGAGCCGCACCGGGCUCCAGCCCAGUGCCGUGUCCCCAGCGCACACACUGCCUACCUCUGUCGGUCUCAGACCGCUCUCACCUGGCCUUCCUGGUCUCUUUCCUCUCUCCCUUCCCUCCUCGGAUCCCCCAAAUUCUCUCAGAAGCAACAGGGGCCAACUCCUGGGGUUACUGGGAAUGGGGAAGUGAUUGGCUGUAAAAUGUCUAGGCUUGUUCUUGGGAAGGCUCUUUCUUCCUUGACGUGAGCCUGGGUCCCCAGCCUGUCUUUCCCAGUUCUGAUCAUUCAGUCAGGUGCAGCAGCAGCUUUUCACUGCACAGUUAAGGCCAGGCCCUCCAGAGGCAGCUGGUGCCCUGGGUCAGACCUCACCCUGAUGAUUUACUCCAGCUUCCCAGGGCACAGGGUGAGGAAAGACCGGCUGCCAGAGUAGCCACCAAGGAAUGAGACUCUGCCCAAGAGGGCUGGGCAAGUGGGUGCUAGAGCCUGAGCUCUCUCCUGCCCUGGGCAUCCCAGUUGGUGCUAUCUGUUAACUGAUUGUGCUCAUGGACAUGGACACAGACCUACUAUGCUCUGACCCUGCAGGCGCCUUGGGAAGCGCCCAAAGGACUCCUUUUCAUGUUGGUGCAUCGCUCCAUGGCUCCCAGCACCGCAGCCGGGGGCCAGUCUCCAUUUCAGCAUCUUGCAUGGCCAGGCACUGGGGUGGGGUGGCAUGCCCCAGGACCCUUGUUUGUGUCAAAAAUGGCUUCCCUGCUCCUCUUGUGGAUCCUGUUUCUCUCCCAGCUAGGGAGCGUGGCGGGUGCCAGCAUUUCAUGGCACCACCUUUGUGAGCGCUCUGCUUCUGUCCUUCUGCUCAUCUGCGCUGCUCCGCUUUCCUCAGACCCCUUUUUGCCGUGCAAAGGGAAUUCUUGAAAUUAAAUAAAAGGUAUCCAGAUUGCA